ACGAUUUGGCGCCUGCAUAAAUUAUUUACCUACUCUCGUACUGACAGUUAGGUGCCUAUAAUUUAUCAACAGUCCUUUGAAAUUACGAACAAUGGACGGACAGGGCGAUAGUAUACAAACAUUUAGCGAUUUGCGGCUAGCACAUGACCGACUGAAUCAGAUUCCGAUGACAAAAAUCUCGCAGUUGUCCCUGGAUAGUCUCCGUCGACAGGACAGUGAUGUGGAAGUUUAUGAAUAUAUGUUUACGGAAGUACUUCACUUCUUCGAUCCGGAUGAGUUUGAAAAGACGGUUUCCGAGGUAUUACUUCCCGAGCUGCUCAAACAUUUGAAAAAGAUCGCAACUGAGUUAAAAGACAACGCUCUCUCGUGCUUUCUAACAGACAACCUUAGGUCAUUGCUGACCUUCGCCAGAUUGCUUUCGAAGUUUGCCGAGUAUGUUGUGGGAUCUUCUAAAACAUACCAGCUUUAUAAAACAGUUACAGUGUUCUUGGAGUUCCUCGUGCACAGUUAUGAAGUUAUUCGGGACAAAAUCACCGUUAUUCAGCAAAAAACUCCAGAGUACGACAUUUUGAAGCACAUAUACACAAUAUGUCAGAGUAUUCAGCUUUCGAUGACGAACUUGUUGGCGUCCUCUGAGGAGCCAGCGCGUUACUUCCAGCACACAGAUGUUGAAGACGAAUACAGUUGUUUGAAGGAUGUGAUUUCGAUGUUUUGUAAAAUCGGUCUCGUGACGACUACCGUUGACUUAAAACUGUCUACCGAAGCCUGGAAGGCGGUUGUUAAACUCAUUUCAAGGCAUGCAAAACAAAUUGAAAACAAAGGCACAGUUUGGUUGCACAACCAUAUUUCAGCAAUCAACAUGGAAAUAGAUACCUUUUCUCAUUUGCUACUACAACAUAAAAGCUUUACUAAGAACGACAUGGUGAAAUUGAAACUCAAAAGUCUUCUGCUUAAAGUGUUGUUGAGGCUAAUGCCAUUGAUUGAUGUAGAUGAAUUCGAUGGUCACGGUGAAAUAUUGAAUGCGGUGGUAGCUAUCGAGUGUACAUUAUCGUUAAAAGAAUUAGAUGAAAAUUCAAAGCUAUCAAUUCGUCAAUAUCUUAAAGCAGGCUACAUGAGUUUGAUUGGAUUAUUGUUCAAUUCAUCAAAGUUUGCAAAGGCUUUCGUGUCUCUACAAUAUCAAUCAAUUGAAGAAAUGGCCGGUUUCUUCGAAAUAGUCAUGCAUGUGAUCUCGAAAUUGAUAACCGAUGACAGAGAUUCUCAUAUAAUCGAAAAGUACACGAAUCUCCUGCAAACAUGUAUCCACAAUAUAUCGAGAAGUCAUCAUCUGUUUAUUGAACGACACGAUAUUUAUCGUCGAUUGCUAGUGCACCUUUCAGCAUUCGUUAUAAUAUGCAGAAAAUGUCCUUCGCAGAAACGGCAAAAACAGCUCGAGGAGAAUCUCGUGGGGAUGAUCCUUACGGACUCAUAUUGGGUCGGCAUAAUGGGGCUAGAUAUUUGGAGCGUGUAUCUGCGAUACCAUUCGGUUGAUCUACUGUGGGAAUAUUUCAAAUUUUGGAAACUUAUAAACGACAAAUUUUCAGCGUUCCCAUCUAGGCUAAGAGCAGUGUUUGUGAGGCGGUUACUUCGGAAUAUAUACAUUUUUGCACCUAGGAAUAUCCAGCGGAAGGCAUGGACCGAAUAUUCUGUGUUGAAGAAGGAAAAUUAUAGGCUAUGGGCAGCGGUGAAACUGAAAACAGUCGACAAUGAGAUCGCUGAUAUAGCAAACGAAGAGCUGAAGGAACGCGUUCAGAAAAAUCUCCCAAAUAUUGGUAGUAUGGAAUCGUUUUUCAACCUCCUUCACGAAAUAUUACUCAUCAAUAGUCGUGAAUGUAGAAGUCAUCCACAAAAGUUUGAAUCAGCUUUAUUGGGGCUAUGGAAAUCAUUUGCGAUGCUAAAUGUAGAUGCAGUGAACAGCAGCUCGAUAGUAUGUACGCUUAUUGACAUAUCGGCGUGUCCAAUACAAAAUUCGUCGUCACAACAUUCAGAAUUUAGCAAAAUACUUACCGAUACAUUAUCUGAUAGGAUUCAUAGCUUAAGCCUGGUAUCGAAACACCAUUUGCUCAAUCUUAUUGAUGGAGUAUUACCGAGCGACGAGGGCAAAAAACUGCUGCAAUUAUUGACCGACGAAAAUGACAUGGUUCUCAGAGGAAUAGCAACAUACAUGCUCAAAAAAUCAAAGGGUUUGAAAAAACAAACGAAUCUCUCAUCAUCCGUCGUGCGACCUGCUUCUUGGGAUCGAACCAAAUGUCAAUCAAUCGUGCAUCACUGUUAUUCUACGAAAGUGAAAAUCGCAGUGGAUCAACAUAUAAACGAUAAAAUCGACGAGCUUUUCCCUGAUGAUCAUUUCUUAUUGAAGGGGAGCUUGGGGGAUGACGAAGACAUGUAUGCUGCAAAGAGACCAAAAUUAGAUCAUGGCAAUGAAAGCAAUUAUAGUAAAAUGUCCGAAUCGAUUGAAAUAAUAAACCAACAGGUUAAAGUUCUGCAAGAAAUUUCUCGCGAAAAUUCAAUGCACAUAAAUCAACUAGAUAAGAUAAGAAGUAUAUGCGCGAUGCUAAACGCUUUUACUCAUCCCGUUGAUCUGUAAACCAUAAUUUUACUUUAGUAGUAGAACCAUUUGGAUAAGA